AUGUUCUUCAAGUCGCUGGAUCUGACUACUGCACUCAGACCCUUGCUGUUACCCGAUGAGAUCCUUCUUUUUGUCCAGGACGCAGUGGGGUUGUAUGAAGGGAAAUACAAAAUUCAGAAUUAUCAAAACGGCCAUGCCUAUCUCACAUCGCACAGAGUGUGCUAUGUUGCGGCUGAGGACCCGCGGAAAUACUCAGUGGCUAUUGAUCUGAAAGAACUCGAUCGAGUGGAGUCUCAGGCUGGCUUUUUAAAGUCAUCUCCGAAGGUUACCAUAUAUUCCAAACCACAGAAGAAGACCGAUAAGACAAGGAGCGCAACAGCCAGCCCGGCUGUAGCCCAACAAUCGGCCCUUCAUCCGACUCACUCACUUUCUCACCUUCCAGAAACGAAUCUCCCGCAGAAUUCACCAUCUCCAAAGCCAAUUAACGCCACUUGGAUCUGUCCCAUUUGCUCAUUCUCCAACCCAGUUCCGUCCAAUUUCGACCCCGCAACGACUAGUGCUGCUGCAAAUCUACCUCCUUGCCUAGCAUGUGGCAUCAAACCACCAUUGACGACUGUCCUUAAAGCAGCAAUCAAUGCUGCAACAAGCCGGGAGUCACCAUUGCCGAAUCCAGUUACAUCACCAGCCAUUCCACAAGACACAGGCCAACCAGAUACCAAUGCGUCUCUAUCACCUUUUGGUCCCGGGGCAACCGUCUCUUGCCCGAGAUGUACCUUUGUGAACCAUCCGUCUCUCGUGGAAUGCGAGAUCUGUGGGGCAUCCCUAUCUGCUAGCUCCUCAGCGAACGCCAAUCGCGUGGACUCCCCUGGACCGCUGUUCGAGCAAUCGCACAUCGCGAACACGGAGGUUAGUGAGUGUAUUAAACUUUCAUUCCGUGCAGGCGGUGAUAAGACUUUCUACGAGAGACUUAAGGGGGCCUUGGUGCAAAGAAAAUGGCUUCUGCAAAAUGCGCCCCCGGUGCCUUCACCGUCGCAAGGCACCUCCUCGCCGGGCUUGCCUCCCCUUGCGCCCAGUGUUGAAAGUCCUCUCCCCUCCGCAACACGACCUUCCGGGGUUGGUAUUGCGGGAUUGGAACGCAGAGGCCUGGAAACCCGGAAGAAAAAUGAGCUGGUCAUAGGGAAUGCCUUCGAAGAUUUGGAGGCUUUAAUGGCCUCUGCCAAGCAAAUCGUUGCGCUGGCCGAAACUCUGGCGCGUGAGUCUGGCAUGACUACCAAUGAAGGCUCGUCAGAAACUAGCGCGGUGCUAUCCGAGUCCGCUGCUGCUCUGGGCAUGGUGACAACCAAAGACAUGAUCAGUUCUGGAUCUGAAAGUCUAUAUUUAUCGGAACUUGCGCGUGACCUGGCUGAAUAUCUUACUGAUGACCGAAAAGGCAUCUUGCAGCGAGAAGGUGGGAUUAUGAGUCUAAUUGACCUCUGGGCUGUCUUCAACCGGUCCCGUAAUGGAGUAGAACUGGCUAGUCCGUCGGAUUUCCAGAAAGCAGCGGAGCUGUGGGAAAAGCUCAAAUUGCCAGUUCGUCUACGGCGUUUCAAAAGUGGUCUUCUUGUGGUGCAGCGAUAUGACUGGAGCGAUGAGCAGACAAUCGAAAAACUUCAGGCCUGGAUGGAUGAGCUCCGGCGAGUUCCCCCUGACGAUUCUGUUCCAUGGGAUUGGUCCCUCUUUGGUCGAGCUGUUACUGCCAAUGAGGCCGCGCAACGGUUUCAAUGGAGCGUUGGGGUGGCUGCCGAAGAGCUGGAGAUGGCCGAAGACCGGGGUGUCCUCUGCCGAGAAGAAGGAAUCGAGGGUCUGCGUUACUGGCGCAAUUACAUCUCGUCCUCUGAGUGUGAUGAUUUCUCCCGCCUUGUAAUUUGA